AUGGAUAGACGCACUCUUUUGACACACCUGUCUAACACUCUCUCGCCGGACAACAGGGUGAGGAAGGCCUCGGAACAGCUGCUAUUGGGCCUGCAUGCGGAGGUGGUGCCUCAGAUCCUGUCGGUGUUGCUUUCGGACGACGGGAGCAUCCCGGGGCAGACGAAACUGGUGUGCUUGACGCUGAUCAAAAACAGAGUGGCGGCAGACUGGAGCCACCCGGCGACGGAGGAGAAGACGAAGACGGCGGUGAAGAACCAGAUCGUCGAGUACAUUGUGCAGUUCCAGAACCCGUUUUCGGGCGCCAAUCAUCCACUCAUUAGGAUGUGCGUGAAGAUCGUCGACAUCAUCCUGCUCUACUCGGACACGACGUUCCAGUUCGACCUGCUCAACCUCGCCAACGACCUCGUCAAGAAGGACCACGGCUCUGUGGACAACUUCUACAUCGGCGUGCUCUUUGUGCGCCAGGUGGCCCGCCGCAACAGACACCUCAACACCUACGAGCUCCUCGACAACAUCUCCUCGAACUUCUGCCCCGUCUACCUCGACUUCCUCCAGACAUACAGCAAAGACCUCCAGGGAGGAGUGGCGGACGCAAACAAGAAGGUGCUCACGCACGAGAUACUCAAGACGCUGAACUACGUGUGCAACACACGGAUCCCGGCCUACUUCCAGGACGUACCGUCCAACGCGCUGCAGGCGUUGUGCUCCUCGCUCUGCGAGCUCUUCUGCCUCUUGUUGUCCAAAAACAUCGACCCGAGCAACGUCAAGUGGAUCGUGCGGUUCCUCAUCAAGAUCCAGGCGAAGGCGGCUAGCGCAACGGCUUCUGCCUACCCAACCGACUUCCUCAACUUGCUUCAGGGCUCCUUGGUACAGAGCAAUGCAUCCACCAUCGUGGACGAAAUCUCAAAGUCCUACGAGCUCUUGUCGAAUUUGACAAACUUCGCAGACGACGGAACAAAGGAACGCACUCUUUACUAUUUCUUGAUCUAUCUAACUAGAUGCAUCUUUGCGUUGACCUACCAUUCCAUCGAGCCUCAUAUCAACAUGAUCAUCUCCAACAUAAUAGUACCUACGCUCUCAAUGAACUCAGAGGAAACAGAGCUUUUUGAAGAUGAUCCGACUGAAUUUAUAAACACAAACUUGAGCUCGAACUUCAGUUACCUAGGGUCCUCAAACACACCAUUCAUUGACAUAUCCAACUCCGACAUCAAGUCUGCUAGCUCGGCAUUGAUUGUUAGGUUAGUCGGCAGCAAACCAGAGCUUGCCUCCCCCUUGAUAUCAUUAGCAGGCCAAAUCUUAUCAUCUGGUGACAAAGCCUCCCUGCCGUGUGCCCUAAACAUACUUAAACUUGUUCAAUCGCAUAUUGAUGAGGACACCAUGAACACAGCCGUCAGCAGGUUGAUUGGAAUAAGUAAGAACUUAUCGAACGAAGAUAUGUGGUUAUGUUGCUUGAUUUAUGAUUUCUUCUCAGACUUGACCACUAAAACGGUUGAUCCAAUACAAUCCCACCUGCCGGUAUCUUUGGAGCUAUCGCAACCCUUGCCACUAUUAAUAUCCUCAUUGAAGCUCAUGAUUUUAAAAUCUGAUCCUAGAAAUAUGAAUCUUGUGCAGAUCAUGCAACUUUUACUGACGGUGAGUGAGAAUCAGACCUUGGAGAUCAUAAACGAUAUGAUUGAUUUCCUCGUUGAAAAAUACCCACAGCUACUUCUUCCUUAUAGCUCUGAACUUAUCUCCAGUAUGUGCACUUCUUUCCUUCGUGUAUCAGAGGAUGAAGCUUACGACACCAAUAACGAUAACAGUAACGAUGCAACUAAGGAAACUAAACUCUUAGGCUUAUUGGACAAUAUUCUGACAGUCGUCAUUUCGAUUCCGGAUAAACAGGUGAUACUUGACUUGAACAAUCAGUUGGGUUGCGUGAUAUCGUUAGUGCUCGAUAACGCCCAACUGGAUCUCGUGGAGUCUGUCAUGGAAUUGGUGCAAGAAAUAGAUACAAAAUGCAAGCAAGUUUUGAACCUGGACGCUGUAAUAAACAGCUUCAAGAACUACGGUUAUGACUAUUUUGACUAUUACCUGGGCUUCUUUCAAUCCGUCUACUGCUAUGGGGACCUAAAAGAGCGCAGUACAGUGACGGAGUUGUUAGGAUGGAUUGUUAGUGAGCACCCUUCAGGUUUUGAUCCUGACGAUACUGAAUUUGUCGAGUUUUUGACCUGUCUAGUUUCUGAGAUGGUGGUCUCGUGCAACGCGAACGAGGAUGACGGCGAACUGAGCGACAAAGUAUUCCGCACUGUUCUUGAAAUGACGUUCAACUCUUACGAAGAGAAGGACGAGUUUUGGGGGAAUAGGUAUAUUUUCCGCUGCAUAAUUGGCGGAUUUUUGAAAAAGCCUAUGAUUGUGAUGAACAUGUUCGGCGAUAUACUAGACCAGGUGUUGGUGAAAUUCAAGAACCUUAUUGAGAAUGGAACCUGGUGCACCGUGUAUGAUUUGAAAUUGGGUAUGCUUGGGUUGUUGGAGAUUGUGAAAGGAUGUGCCGACAACGAGCGUAUAAGAAACAUGGCAAUCGAGGUCAUAUCGCUUUUGUGCGAUCGCUACAACGGUGCAGUUGAACACAGAGAGAAACUCUUGAAGAUCACAGCCGGCGAGGAAAAUGGCAGUGGUGAAGAGCAGGACGAGGAGUACGAUCUUUUGUCGGACCAAGGCUUUGAUGAACUUAACAAAGUCAGUGUUUUGGAUGACAUCGACGUGGUCAGAGAGAUCAAGACUUAUUUAAACGUUUCUAACUAA